CAGCCUAAAGGGGCACAAAAGCUAGGGUACUCGGCCCUGGGCCAGACAAGGGCCACCAUCCGCCGUCUCUCGUUAGGCUGCAGAGCGAGUCAAGAUUAGCAGCUGGCGGCGUCCAGGGUGUUGUCCGCGGUAGAUCCUCACGCCUUCUUAAACGUUCUGCAGCCCAGCACCUCGUGAUCCUUUCCUUUCUGCACCUCACCACCUUUCCCCGUGUGGCCCACUCUCGCUUUUCUUCAUAAAGACGUCUUUCCGUGUGUAGUCCAUUCCCUUGGCUCACACCAGUCAUUCGCUUUUCGUUUUACCCUCACCCUACAUAUAGUACCCCCUAAUCCGUAAUAUAUUUCCACUGCAUCCGAUAUGCACUUCUCAGCUGCUCUCGCUGCUGUUGCGGCGGUUGCGCCGCUCGUUGCCGCCCAUGAGGGUCCCGCCAUUCCCAGGAUCCAGGGACUGAACAUGAGGGACUUGAAAUCCCGGGACAUGCUGAGCAAUUUGAAGGCCCGCGUCGCCGAAGCUAGUCAGCAAGAAGCCCGCGAGGCCCACGAGAAGCGCGAGACUUUGAAGGCCCGUCAGGGAGGCACCGAUGGCCAGUGUGGUGGCUCAUUCGGAUCGUGUUCAACCGGGUAUUGCUGCUCAGAGUCUGGCUGGUGUGGUAACACUGCAGACUACUGCUAUUCUCCUGGCUGUCAAUACAAGUACGGCCCGGGCUGCCCUGAGAACCAAACGCCUGCUGGAACCAACACCUCAACCGUCGCUCGUACUAAGCUCGGCUCUGUUGCCUACGGCGGAGCUGGUAUCUACAGUUGCGUGACGCCAGGUACCAUAGCUCUUACAUACGACGAUGGCCCGCAGAAGAACUAUACGAACCACAUCUUGGACAUCUUCAAGUCGUACAAUGCGAAGGCGACCUUCUUCAUCACCGGCAACAACCUUGCCAAGGGCGAAAUCGACACCGAUGCCGACUUCACAGCCACCAUUAAGCGCAUGUACUCCGACGGCCACCAGAUCGCCUCGCACACCUGGACCCAUCUGGACCUGAGCGCCAUCAGCGCCGUCGACCGCAAAAACCAGAUGUACAAGAACGAGAUGGCCCUGCGCAACAUCCUCGGUUUCUUCCCCACCUACAUGCGCCCGCCGUACUCCAGCUGCGACUCUCCAUCGGGCUGCGAGUCUGACAUGGCCAACCUCGGCUACCACGUUAUCUACUUUGAUGUCGACACGGAUGACUAUGAGCAGGACGACCCCAAGAAGAUCCAGAACUCCAAGAACUGGUUCCGGGGCAACAUCACGGCCGGUGGCGCCACUUCGGCCAGCAGUGACUGGCUUUCUAUCUCGCACGAUAUCCACGCCCAGACGGCGUACAAUCUGACCGAGUACAUGCUCUCCACGCUCACUGGGCUCGGAUACAAGGCCGUCACGGUCGGUGAGUGCCUCGGCGACGCGUCCUCCAACUGGUACCGCAGCUCCUCUUCCGGCGGGGGGGCGACCACUACCAAACCCGCUUCCUCCACCAAGGCGACUACAACGAAGACUUCCUCCGCCCCUGCUUCCACUGCGACUAAGAAAGUGACGCCGGAUGCUACUUGCGGCGGCACCAACGGAUACACUUGCUUGGGCGGCGCCUUCGGCAACUGCUGCUCCGUCAACGGCUGGUGCGGCUCCACCAGCGCUUACUGCGGCACCGGGUGCCAAUCCGCCUUCGGCACCUGCGGCACUGCCACUUCGACGAAGACUUCUACGGCCCCCGCGGCCUCUGGCACAAAGGUGUCGACUGAUGGUACCUGCGGCUCCACGGCCGGCACGACGUGCAAAGGCUCGACGUUUGGCAACUGCUGCUCACAGUACGGAUGGUGCGGUUCUACGACUGGGCACUGCGGAACGGGCUGCCAGACUAAAUAUGGCACUUGCACGUAAACCGGUUUUGCUCGUGGUUCUCAGUGAUGGGGUUUCCAAGGUUGCAUGGCACGAGGCGCGUGGGGACAGAAGUGUGUUAUUAAUUGACGAGCGUAUG